AUGCUUGACAGAGAACAUAUUGUUCCCACACCUAUAGUGGAGAAUCAUCAGCCUCUAGACACCCUAAUAAAAAGCCUUGCAGAGUCUGAAGGAGAGAAACUGUCCCAAGGGCUGGACAGCGUCCUGAGUGUAUCUCGACAGUUUACUACAGAGCAAAUGUCCAGAAUAGACAAGGUUGUUGCAGAUCUCUACAACGGUCAGAGGGAAGAGUGGUUUUAUCAGAAGAUAUUUGAGCUGGCUCUGAAGAUGUAUGGUUUUGAUAAUGACUGGAGGAACAGACUUCGGACAUGCAAGCUCCACGAGAAGCAUAGAUUUAGAAUACAUAGCAACAUUCAUGAGUUCUCAUAUACAGGUGGUAUAAACGAAAUACCUAGGAUAUGCAGAAUGUUUAUGGAAAGAAGAAAGAUUGUUUACGAUAGAGUAAAUGUCCUUGGAUAUUGUGUACUUGAGAUUUCAGGGAUGAAUGGAGAGGCUGGAUACGAGGGAGAAGACGACAUUUUCUAUCUUAUAGAGUAUGUCUACAGAAGGGAUUUUAAGACACUCCUUAGAUGGGCCAAGAAUGUGAGGGUGAUGAACGACUGGUCGUUGUUGUAUAUGUCAAACUACCCCGACUUCUUAUACACAGAACUGAAGUAUCAGAACAAUCCGAUGAUAAUCAAGGAGAUAAUAGUCCAACAGAAGUCUCAUAAGCUUUAUGAUUUUCUUUUCAUAAAGCUAUCCAUGCUAUUUCCAAGAGAAGAGAUGAUCAGCAUUCUGACAAGGAGCUACAAGGAGCCUGAGAUAGAAUACACGGUUCGAAUAUUCCACAAACUGUUUGAGGAUAGCGAGGAGGGGGGAGAAAAGAUCCUCAAGAAGUUCAUCAAGAACACAGGAACCAAAGAGCUCAGCGAGAUGUUCUUUGAGAAGUGUUCACAAAUCGACGGAGAUUAUGCAGAGGCACUUUAUAUCUGCAUAGAUAAGGUACGUCUUAUUAAAGAUGAUUGCCUUGAAAGACUUAUGAACUCCCAUUACUGGCCGUAUGUCACACAUAGAUAUGAGGACUUUUCUGUCCUCACGAAGCUUCUGAUUGCAAGAGGCCUCUCGCCCCGAAAGGAGUAUGACUUCCUGAGAAGCGAAAUGGAUGCCACCUUGGAGAAUCUCAGAAAGAUUUUAUUUAUGGCACGAGAAGUGCCUUCGAGACGAGAGGAUGUAAGGAAUACUGUGGUUGAGAUGAUCAAGAGGAUGUUCAAGAAAAGAAUGGUGUGUGAAAGAUGCAAGGAGAAGAGGACGGAGAAGAGUUUAAAUCUAUGUCCUACCAGGUCUCUUAUCAAGAAGGAGCCAGGGAUGGAAGAAGACAAGGGACUUGUGAUUAUGUAUGAGAUACUGGAGACACUCCGAGGGCUAGAUAUUCCAAAGAGGAUCCUGUAUAUGCUUUCGUUGAUGAACUCUAGUUUGUUCUGCAAAACGGUGAUCAAUGACACAAGAUAUGACUGCUUCUUCAUCAAGUGUAUGAACAUUAUUUUGAGAGACCUUGAGGGAAGAUUUCGGCAGAUGAUUAAUGAUAUAAUAGGGAUGAGGAUAUUUGAUUCUGAUGGAUAUUGGGAACUGAGUGUCAGGAAAUGCUUGAAGCUACGGAACCUAUGGAAAGCGGUGAUUACCUAUGGAGUCUUAGAAGAGAGAACACUUGGAUGUAGAGUACACAAGAGGAAUGGACUCUAUUCUCUAAAAAACAUUGUAAUACACUCUGAUCCGAGUUUCCUGGUUGAAAAUGAAUGUUCCUCCGAGUCCAUUGAAAAGAGUGGGUGGUGUUUUCUGGAGGACAAGAGGAAUCUACGAUAUAUGAAAAUACUUGAUGAUAAAACCAGAUUAAGAUAUCUCAUCAAAGAGCUAGAAGGAAGAAAAGAUCCUGAGAGGGUAAGAGCAGUGACCAGGCUGUUGAUGGAAUCAUGUAGUGUUGCAGACGGGAUGGUUUUCAAGGAUUCAUGGAUUUUAUUUGAGGCACCAUCCAAGGCUUUUACUCUGUAUCUUUCCUUUGGCCAGUAUGAGGAGAUAGGAGAGCAGAUCUUUGUCCAGCUAGAGGGGAAAGAGGAGGUGCUAAAGAUAGGCAGGAUUAAUGGUAAAUUAUUUAUGAAGAAGAUGAACAGGGGAAGCACUUCGGAUAUUCUCCUAGGUGAAGACAGCAAGCCGAAGAUGGAUGAGGUUUUCUGGUCUUCAUACAAAUCCUCGAAGUUUUCAUUUUGCUUGAACGGGAGGAUGUACAGCUCUAGAAUUGGAAGUGUGGAGAAAGUAAUAAUAGGUGUUGGGUUUAGAGGAGUAGUUGAAAAGAUAUUUCUCUGUGAAUCCAAUCUCUCCAAAAAGUAUGUACUUGGAAACACUCGCCAAUCCCUUCUAUAUGUCUGUGAGCUGUCCAAGAUAGAGAAGUUUCUAGAGUAUAAGAACUUAUGUGGGGUUUAUAUGGAUAGCACUAUCCCAUACUUCAUGGGUAGAAAGCUCGAUGUCAAGGUAAGCAAUGUGAUAGAUAACAGAAAUGUUUAUUGGAUGUACAAUAGAAAAGUCAAGAGUUUAUUGAAGAGUGGGGAUGUUCGGAUACCUGGAUAUGAAGGCAUGAUGAGUAAGGCUCAGGACCUCCUUUUUGAGAGAACCUGA